GGGAUACCACUUCUACUUCGUACUUCUAACGAUUUCGAACUAUGGCCCAUGCUUCUUUCAAAGGCACUAUUAAAACUGGCCUCUCUAACUUGGACCGAGCACCGUGAAAUCGUCGAUUUUCAUCCGGUCACUUGCUUAACCGGAUGGGUUUGUUUGCGCUUAGACAUCGCGUAUCUGUCUCCCCAAGACAAAUGGGACUUCCUGAGGAAGUACGCUGAUCAUUUCGAAUGGCAGGCGGAAACCCCGGAACAAGAGAAUCAAGAAGCUGCUGAAGUAAAUAAGAAAGGGAAGAGGUCGAAGGAUACGGUGCGUUCAAAAAAGUCUAAGGAUACGGGUCGAAGUAAAAAAUCUAAGGACACGGGUCGAAGCAAAAAAUCUAAGGACACUGAGCGGUCGAAAAAGUCAAAGGACACCGAGGGGACGAAAAAAUCGGGACAGGCUCGGAAAUUGAAAGCGUUAAGCAAACCUCAACCAGUGACUUUAUUUCUGGGUUUGGAAGACAUGAGGGAAGUGCCUUUGGAAGUUGUGCCUGGAUUAUCCCCCUGCUGGGGUCAUUUUGUCUACGUCGAACAGUCUCGUGACAUCCCUUUGGAUCCAAAAGACGUGAAACCACCAUUGGCAAGAUGGAAACUGUAUCGCUGGCUAAGAUGGGCCAUCAACGAGGGUAUAAUCGAUCCAGCCGAGUACUUCGUACCCAUUCGUUCUCUAAAAGUAGUUAGCCCCCUGAAGAAAUGCAAGGAAAGCGUGAUCAACAAGUACAACGACUUAAACAUUGAACAAAAUCUUCAGAACGAACUUAAUCAACAAUCGAAAUUCAUUAACUCGUCGAAAGAACCACCAGAGAAAAAUUCUAUGGAAGAAACUGAAGAAGAGAUAAGUUUCUGGGCAGACUUCAACAAAAUGGAACCUCACGUCAGAGACAUCCAUUUCUUUUACAAGUUAGACUACUUUCAGUACACUGUGAAACUCUCAGACCGUUUUAAGAACAAUCAACCCAGUGAACAGAAAUCGGAGACGAAGAAGAACAGCAGAAAGAGUUCUCCAUCAAGAGCCACGUACAAGGAUCCUGAAAUCAUCGAUACGUACAAUUGGCCUCAGAAAAUAUCGAGAACCAGAAACGAACCACUGUAUAUUUUGACUGAUUCCAUGGAAGAGAAAUUCUUCCUCAUCGAUUUUUCCACGUUUCAAGUAGUCAACUCACCGAAAGAAAAUGAUAUCCAAACAAAUUCUCCAGCUAUGCAAACAGGGGAUAUGGAUUAUUUGAGCCUAGAGAAACAUAACUGGUUUCGUAGACCAGAGAAGUCGAAUCAUUUGUUGUCCAUGUUGACUGCUGGAACCAAGUCUGUUGUGAUGGAAUUGGAUGCUGGAAGGCACCUGUUGCGAAUGUACUGUCGUUCAGAAUCCAAUUGUUUCAUAACAAUUUCAUCUGACACUAUAUUUCACGUUGGAGACAGAAGAAAGAUGUACCAAUUGAUGUCCAGAGAAUCUCAGAGGAUCGAUCACUUAACGAAGCACAUCAGCAACUGUGUCAGUAAUGCUUAUCAAUCGUUCGGUACUGAAAAGUACCAGGAAGCCUUGAAGAAUUACUACAGAAGCUACUUGCCACCUAUCCAAGAUCCCGAGGAGAGAAACAAACUGUUCUAUGAUCAGAUACACGACUAUUUCUUAGAUGAAAAGAUACAAUUAAUAAGAAAGGCCUUCACCGAUGAACAAGUUCCAGAUGUGCUCAGAUCCCUGAGGAUAUUCUUUCUGAAUCCUACCAUUGGUUUGGAACGUUUCAACUUGAUCUCCAGGUUAAUAGAGAGUCUUCAGGAUCUAAACGAAUCCAAAGAUCCCUUUGAAAGUAACAACGACAACUCUGACAAAGAAAAGCUUGAGGAGGACCAAGCUGCGACUAUUAUUCAAUCGUUCUUCAAGAUGCUGAUCAUCAGGAAGUAUAAACAAAUACACGAUCCUCAGCAUAAACAACAUCAAAGGGUCUUGGACAAUCUUUCGAAGAUUGUCGAACUUUUCAAUUACAAUAAGCGAGAAUCUUUAGCCAAUCAGUUGCUGAGGAACAUACUGAAGCAUCACGAUAGGCUCAGCGAUGCUUAUCCUUUUUCCAAGGAUUGCGAGCACACGUUGCAGGUGCAGGAGGUCAACGGGCUCCUGACGAACGUGAAACCGAAUCAAUGGUUACCCAUGCCUAGGCUAGUGGUGAACUGUCGUGUCACGGAGACGGUAUUGGCAGGGAUUGACAUAUUCGUCGAUUUACCCAGGUACAGCGUGCGGGUAUUCAACAACGACACCGGUCGAGAAAUGUUACGAGUGGUUAACAACGUGGUGUCCACCUGGUACCAGCAUUCCAGGCUGGGCUAUACGAUAGUUUGUUACGGUUGGAGCAAGGAAUUCGCGUUCAAAGAGUUGUCUUGGAGUUUGAACGUGAUCACCGUGAAACAGCAGCCCGUUUUCUACUCCAUGGACACGGAAAGCCCGUUGUCUUUGACGACUGCUCUACCCAUUCUGAUGGUCGAAGAGUUCUCCAACAAUUACGUACCCAAUUCUCAAAAUUACAUCUCAAAGCUGAUCGUCCGAGUAGCCAAGCCUAGUAUCGUCUCGUUUAGAUUGAAGACGACUUACGAGAACGUGAGAAUGAAAUUUACUGUAACCGAUAAGCAAGGGAACGUAUUUGCUCGUGUGACGAGUACGUCGGUCGUGAUACUGCCGAUGGUGUAUCUUGGACUUGACGAGGAUUCUAAUCAGAUACAGAAUAACGUCGAUAAGAAGCUUCCAAAUGGGCGCAACAACGAAGAGGAUUCGAUGGAAAGUAGAAGCAGGGAAUCGUUGGAUUAUAAAACUUAUUAUGUCCAGGCUACGGUACUGGAUGAUAGUUGGCCUUUGACGCAGUCGGAGUGGAUUGUCGUGAUGGAGAUUAGGGAGGGCACCGCGAUGUCUGAUAUUAGAUCGAAACAGUCCUCUGUUUCGCAAGUGAGCAAAUUAAUCAAGUCUGAAUUCGCGAAAGGGAAGAAAAGUUCGAAGCAACAGAUGGAUGGUCAGAAUCUAGAGCCACCUUACUGGGUGCUGCAGGUGGUCACCGAUGUUGGUAGCGGCUUGGAAAUAUCUCAGGACAGAACGAAAGAGCAAGAGAUAGCACAGAUGAAGGAGGAUUGGGCGAAGGAGAAUCCCGACAGCUUAGCACGAGGCAGAGUACUCAGAGCAGCUUUCUUGAAGAAGCAUGAAAUAAAAUCCAAUUAUUCGUUAGCAUCGUUGAAAAGAAGAUCAUUAACGACCCCUGAGAGAACCCUGACAAAGUGUCAUCGAACGUCGAUCACGGAUAGCCGAAUGAUUUCGUUACUCGAUUACGAGCCGAGAACCUUGAAACCACCCUCGUUUCUUCGAAGACUUCCUCCGUUGGAUUUAACCAUAUACGAAGUGAAAGAAGACGAAGAGGAUAUACCGUGGGUCAGAACGGAACAGGACGAGGAAACGUUGAGGAGCAGUCGCGUGAUGAAUAUCAUCUAUGCAAAAGAAGAUCACUCGCAUUUUGUCGCGGACAUGCAGGACAUGUUGCAGACUCGCAAAGAUAGAUACAAACAGGUCUUCAGCGAUUACAAAGACCUCUUUUGGGAUUAUAAAAUCUUGUUGGAGGAAGCGCACGAAGCAAGGAAUUCUUAUGUCGGUAAUAUGAAAAGAGAACGUAUUCCAGUUAGUAAAAAAGCGAGCAGUAGAAAGAGCAAGAAGUCUAAGAAAACUUAA